AUGGCUGAAAACGAAAAUGACUGGGAUUUAGGGGCAAUUGUGAGAAGUUGCAGCAAGAUGAGCAACUCUUCUCUUGUCGAUCACACUGUUCAUGAGGAUGGCUACUCUGCUCUUGUCGAUCACACUGUUCAUGAGGAUGGCAACUCUGUUAACACAAGUCUUUUCCAAGAAGAAAGAAAUUGUGUUGGUGAUUUUAAAGACGCAUUCGCCAUGGAAAACAAGCGUUACUUUGGGUUAGAUGAAGUUAUCAGUCUUUCCAGGAACCUGAAUACCAAUUCAAGAAUUGCACCCCACAACCAAGAAAACCAAACUGAAACUAUUCCAAACACCCCACUGGUGAUUAUAGAACAUGAGGAAGAGAAGAAGAAGAAGAAGAAGGCGAGAUACUCGAUGCAAAGUUCAAGUACUGAGUCAGGCAAGAGAAUUGAAAGACAUGAAAUAUUGUAUGAGGAAUUUGGGAAGGCGGAACAGUGGAGAUGGAUAAUGAAUAAAACGAGUACAACUGGAAAGAACUACUAUUUGUGUAGUGAAUUUAAAAAAAAAUGUCCAGCAAAGAGACAUGUUGAGCAAAGCUCAACAGAUCCAACCAAGGUGAUUGUAACUUACAAAGGCGAACACAAUCACCCUCCUCCUAACCAACACAGGAGCCCUAAUGCUGCUGCGCCACCCGAAGACCCAUCUUCCUCUUCUUUUGUGCCCUAG